AUGUCGGCCGCCGUGGCGUGCCUGGACUACUUCGCCGCCGAGUGCCUGGUGUCCAUGUCCGCGGGCGCCGUGGUUCACCACCGCCCGCCGGACCCCGAGGGCGCAGGCGGAGCCGCCAGCUCGGAGGUGGGUGCGGCGCCGCCGGAGUCUGCUCUGCCGGGUCCGGGGCCACCGGGGUCCGCGUCGGUCCCCCAGCUUUCCCAGGUCCCCGCCUCCAGCCCCGGCGCGGGCGGCGCCGCGCCCCACCUGCUGGCUGCAAGCGUCUUGGCUGAUUUGCGCGGCAGCUCUGGGGAGGGCUUUGGAGAGAACUCGGGGGAAACUCUGCGCGCCUCCUCUGGCUCCUCCGACCCGACCCAAGGCUGGGGGCCGCCCAGGUGCCUCCAGCCCGACCCAGCCUACAGCGUGGAAGCAGUCUCGGGACCUUCGAGCACAUUUGGCGCGCCCGCCGUCCCAAGCGCGCCAGCAGUCCCUGGCGCGCCCGCAGUCACCUGUGGGGUGUCCGGCAGGGCCCCAGGAGCCAGCCCCGCCCCUGCAGCAGGUCAGAUGUACCGGAGAAGGCCGGUAACACCUGCUGCCAAGCGCCACCAAUGCCCCUUUCCGGGCUGCACCAAAGCCUACUACAAGUCAUCACACCUCAAGUCCCACCAGCGUACCCACACGGGUGAGCGCCCUUUCUCCUGCGACUGGCUCGACUGCGACAAGAAGUUUACGCGUUCUGACGAGCUGGCCCGCCACUACAGGACGCACACGGGUGAAAAGCGCUUCUCCUGCCCUCUCUGCCCCAAGCAGUUCUCCCGGAGCGACCACUUGACCAAGCAUGCCCGCCGCCAUCCAACUUAUCAUCCCGACAUGAUAGAGUACCGGGGGCGUCGCCGCACACCCCGCAUCGAUCCACAACCUACCAGUGUGGUGGAAAGCUCCAGCUCUGGCUCCAGCUCUGGCUCCAGCUCCUGCUCUGGUUCUGGCCAGACUCCCAGCCUCACAACCUACUUGUAGGACAGUCAUUGCUGUCUGUUGUCCCAUCAAGGACUGUUCCUCCAAGUUUUUGUCCCCGCUUUCUCUCUGCCCAUCCCACUUUUCUAGAGUCUUUAGACCAAGGCACAGACUGAGUCCUCCUCUCUGAGGGUGGGUCCAGACGGGUAUGUUGGACUAUGGGGAGGGACUGGGAGCAAGAAAAUAGUGGAAAUUUUUACAACACAAAUACCAUCCUAAAAGUAGGAAUUGCCUCAAGACAGUCCCCAGGAACUUGUGAGAAGGGAUGAACUCAUGGUACUCUGCAGAGUACUGAAGAUUCUCCCCACCCUGGAACCAGAAAUGUGAAACUGGAAUUCUCAGAUGGCUGAGGAGCUCCCAGUCUCAAAGGACUGGUGUCUCACCCACCAGGGUGGACCUUGGAGAGGGUGUCAGGGGUGGCAGUCUUGGAAAUGUCCAUGACUGGGUUGGUGAGAGGCCUUUGGAAACAGAAAUUAUUUCUAUUUCUGUAAACAGCAAUGUUUACUAAUUUAUUUUUAGUAUCUUUUAAACAAGGAUUCAAGGUUGAUAGGACACUGAUGUCCUCCCCCAGUUGCCCCAGCUACCUCUGCUAGGAGAGGCUAUGUAAGUGUCCAUGUGGAUGUAUGGCUGGGAGAUGUUUCUUGGUGUCUGAGGAGUGGUGUGAGUAUGUUUGUAGGUUUUAUAGCAUGAUUUGAAACCAUGCUUUUUCGUCUGUAGCACUUCUCCCAAUUUGAAUUUUACUUACAAAUGGUAACUUUCAGGCUUACGCAGAAUGAGAUUAGUUAAACAAUGUGGCAACAACCGUAAAAGUACCAGAAAUUGGCUAUCACCUAGAUGGCAACCAGGUCACCUUUUGGGCGGAGUGGGUAUAAAAUAAGACCUUACAAAACCAUGGGUAACAUUCAGGGAAACAGGGGCAUGUGGUUCCAGCUGCCCAACCUCAAAUGAUCU